GCAAAGUGUCUACUGUUUAAGAGAAAGGGACUUUACCCUGCCUCUCUCUCUUUUGCCAGCUCCCUCUGCACGGCUGCAGCGCUCCCGGCUCCCAGCAUCCGUGGAUGGAUCAGUACUGCUGAGAGAGAGUCAUGGCACGAUUGGCAUCUAUUUAGGAAAAACACAUCCCAUAAAAACUUGCACAGAGAAGCACUUUUCAGAGAAAAGUUUCAAGCCUUGAAUGCUGAGUGUCACGUUGUGUUUCUGAGAGAGAAGAACAUCUUUACUCUUCAGCAAGGAUUAACACAAUCCACUUCGUCACAGACGCAUUUGCUUUCCCUUCCUUCUCUGAGUGUGAGAUUGUGUAAUCAUGGGGGUACGAGGCCUUCUUUUGGCCUGCGUGGUCAUGGCCUUUCUACUGAAUUCCUCCCGAGCCGGCCUGGUAAAGAAGAUGAUCAGGCAUCGACGAGAGUCCCUGACGCCACCCAAACCUGAGAAUUUGACCCUACCUAAUCCAGACCAACCGGUGGUCUUCAAUCACGUGUACAACAUCAAUGUCCCAUCUGGAUCCCUGUGCUCUGUGGACCUGGAUUCACCCGGAGGUGCUGAAAUGAAACCCAGGUCUGUUCCCUCUGAGCAGCACAUCGAGCACACUGUGGACGGAGAAAAUCAGAUAGUCUUCACACACAGAAUAAACAUACCCAAGCAGGCCUGUGGAUGCGAUGGCCAUAUUCCGGACCUGAAGGACCUACUGAACAGGCUGGAGAUGCUGGAAGCUGAAGUGUCCAGCCUGAGAGAGCAGUGUACUAAUGGCGCUGGCUGCUGUGGAGUUCAAGUUACUGGUGAGGUCACUACCAAGCCGUAUUGCAACGGCCAUGGAAACUACAGCAAUGAUGUCUGUGGCUGUGUGUGUGAGCCCGGAUGGAAGGGCCCUAACUGCUCUGAGCCCGAAUGCCCCAAUUACUGCCAGGAUCAAGGCCGCUGUGUGGAUGGCAAGUGCGUAUGCUUCGAGGGCUUCGGUGGAGAGGACUGUGCGACUGAGUUGUGUGGUUUGGACUGUGGUGAGAAUGGUGAGUGCAUCGAUGGGGCUUGCAUCUGUGCUGAGGGUUUCAUGGGUGACGACUGCUCCAUGACAGGCUGCUUAAAUAACUGCCUGGGGAGGGGACGCUGUGUGGAGGGCGAGUGCGAAUGCAUUGAACCCUGGACGGGCUUCGACUGCUCUGAGCUCAUCUGUCCCAACGACUGCUUCGACCGUGGCCGUUGUAUCAAUGGAACAUGCCACUGUGAUGAAGGCUUCACUGGGGAAGACUGUGGUAAGGCCACCUGUCCAGACAACUGUACCGACAGAGGCGAUUGUGUUAACGGUCAGUGUGUGUGUAAUUUCGGCUACAGUGGAGCAGACUGCUCCAAACUGACGUGUCCCAAUGACUGCAGUAAGAAAGGUCACUGCUCCAAUGGGAGAUGCGUUUGUGACCCCGGCUUUCAGGGUAAGGACUGCAGUACCCUCUCCUGUCCUGAUAACUGCAAUGAAAGAGGUAAAUGUGUGAAUGGUGGGUGCGUUUGUGAUCCUGGCUACAAAGGCAACGACUGCUCUGAGCUCUCCUGUCCCAACGAGUGCCAUAACCACGGUCGCUGCGUCAACGGAAAGUGUGUUUGUGAGCCCGGCUUCCAUGGUGAGGACUGCAGUACCCUCUCCUGUCCUGAUAACUGCAAUGACAGAGGUAAAUGUGUGAAUGGUGGGUGCGUUUGUGAUCCUGGCUACAAAGGCGACGACUGCUCUGAGAUCUCCUGUCCCAACGAGUGCCAUAACCACGGUCGCUGCGUCAACGGAAAGUGUGUUUGUUACCCCGGCUUCCAGGGUGAGGACUGCAGUACCCUCUCCUGUCCUGAUAACUGCAAUGACAGAGGUAAAUGUGUGAAUGGAGCGUGCGUUUGUGAUCCUGGUUACAAAGGCGACGACUGCUCUGAGCUCUCCUGUCCUAACGAGUGCCUUAACCACGGCCGCUGCGUCAACGGAAAGUGUGUUUGCAAACAGGGCUUUGCAGGAGAAGAUUGCAGCGUGAAGACUUGCCCUAAUGACUGUAAGGACCGCGGUGAGUGUGUGGACGGUCACUGUGUCUGCCGUGCUGGUUUUACAGGCAAAGACUGCAGCGAGCUGACUUGUCCUAACAACUGUCAUGACCGGGGUCACUGUGUGAAUGGACAGUGCGUGUGUCACAAAGGAUACACAGGCGAGCACUGCGGUGAAAAGACAUGUCCGAACAACUGCCUCGACCGUGGGUACUGCGAGGAUGGAAUCUGUGUCUGCUUCGAGGACUAUAGUGGAGUCGAUUGUUCUGAGCUGACCUGCCCAGGAAACUGCAACGACCAAGGCCGCUGUCUGAAUGGCAUGUGUAUCUGCGCAUUGGGUUUCACUGGAGAUGACUGCUCUGAAAUCACCCCUCCACAAGAUCUGACUGUGACUGAAGUCACCCCAGAGACGGUGGAUGUUUCCUGGGUCAAUGAGGUAGAGGUGACGGAGUACCUCAUAACGUACAUGCCCACAGCGCCUGGUGGUCUGGAGUUAGAUAUGCGAGUACCUGGUGAAAAGAGGACUGCCACUAUUCGGGAGCUGGAGCCUGGUGUAGAAUACCUGAUUAAUGUUUAUGCCGUUCUAAACAAUAAGAUGAGUGUGCCUGUUAGUGCCAGGAUUGCAACACGACUUCCGGAGCCAGAGGGACUGAAGUUUAAGGCUGUACGAGAGUCUUCUGUCGAGGUUCAGUGGGAUCCUUUAAACAUCGCCUUUGAUGGCUGGAACCUCAUCUUUAGGAACACAAAAGAGGAGAAUGGAGAAAUUUUAAAUUCACUGUCUCCACCCGAGACUACAUUCGAGCAGUCCGGCCUGGGCCCUGGUCAGGAGUACGAGGUUAAACUGGAGGUAUUGAAGAACAAGACUCAUGGGCCUCCAGCCAGCAAGAAUGUGGUUACAAGGAUUGAUGCUCCCAGUCAGGUGAAUGUGCGGGAUGUGACAGACACGACUGCCCUGAUCACCUGGUUCCAGCCCGUAGCUCAGGUGGACGGACUCUCUGUGUCCUAUGGCCCAAUAACAGGCUCUUUAGAUAGCCGUGCAGUGGAGCUGUCAUCAGCAGACACCCAGUAUCACCUGUCUGAGCUCUACCCAGACACAGAAUACACUGUGUCUCUCAUGGCCCGUAGAGGGGAAAUGACCAGCGUGCCAGUCUAUGAGACCUUUACUACAGACCUGGAUGCCCCCACGAACCUGCAGGUGGUAGAGGAGACGGAUAAGACCAUCACUCUGGAGUGGAGAAACAGCCAAGCCAAUGUCCCCAGCUACCGUAUCAAAUACGGCCCCCUGUCUGGAGGGGAACACGGAGAACUUACGUUUCCUACAGGUCCAGAGGAGAACACUCAAGUCCAGAUCACUGGUCUCAGGCCUGGUACAGAGUAUGGUCUGGGAGUGACAGCAAUCAAGGAUGAAAAGGAAAGCUUGCCUGCCACCACCAAUGCUGUAACUGAGCUCGAUACUCCUAAGGGACUAGAGGUGACCGAGACCACAGAAACCUCACUGAUGUUGGCCUGGAAAAGACCUUUAGCCAAGAUUGACGUGUACAGACUGGUGUUUGUGUCUGCCGAUGGUCACAAGACUGAACUGGAGGUUCCAGGCAGCGCCAACACUCAUGUUCUGAGGAACCUGAACCCUGGCAUGGUGUACACCAUCACUCUGACAUCAGAACGAGGCAGGAAGAAGAGUGCACCAGCUACCAUCUCAGGAUCCACAGACAAUGAAAAGCCCCAGGUGGGCAACAUCACCAUUUCAUCCAUAUCCUGGGACGGGUUCAAUAUUUCCUGGGAGCCGAAGAGUGAACAGUUUGAAGGUUUUGUGAUCGAGGUCGCUGACCCUGAUGGCCUGACCGAGGGCCAGAACCACACUCUGUCUGGACAGGAGCGUAGCUUGGCUGUCAGUGGUCUUUCUCCCCACACUUUCUACAGGGUCACUCUAUACAGCCUGUACAGAGGAGAUCUCUUAGAUCCGGUGUUUGCCGAGGCCAUCACAGAAGCAGAACCUGCGGUGGAACAUCUUUUCAUCUCCAACAACAAGCCUGAUGGAUUUCUGCUUCAGUGGACGGCUCCGGAAGAAGUCUUUGAAACUUUUGUCAUUACGAUCUCUGACUCGGAGGGAUUGGCUCAGCCAAGGCAGAUAAUCGUACCGGGAGAGAAGAGAACGGAAAUGGUGUCAGGUCUCACCGAGGAUACAGACUACCAAAUUGAGCUCAGUGGGACAGUUGUGGGACAGAACGUCCAGCCUAUUUUCGGUGUAGCUCGAACAGGGCUGGGCACACCAAAGGGCAUCCACUUCUCUGAUGUUACUGAUACCUCCGUUAACGUACACUGGAUCGUACCCAGCUACCACAUCGACAGCUACAGAGUCGUCUACGUUCCCCUUCAUGGUGGCAGCCCUAUGACAGUUACAGUGGACGGAGAAGAAUCCAAGGCUGUGCUGACCAACCUGACACCUGCAGUGACUUACCAGGUGACUGUUAUAGCAGUGAAGGGAGCAGAGGAAAGUGAGCCGGCCUCUGAUAAAGUUACAACAGGCCUGAGCACACCAAAGGGCAUUCACUUCACUGACGUCACUGAUACCUCUGCUAUUGUUCACUGGACCAGGCCCAGUUACCCCAUCGACAGCUACAGAGUCAUCUACGUUCCCAUUCAUGGUGGCAGCCAUAUGACAAAUACAGUGGACGGAGAAGAAUCCAGGGCAGUGCUGGUCAAUCUGAUACCUGGCAUGACUUACCUGGUGACUGUCGUAGCAGUGAAGGGAGCAGAGGAAAGUGAGCCGGCCUCUGAUCAAGUUACAACAGGCCUGAGCGCACCAAAGGGCAUCCAUUUCACUGAUGUUACAGACACCUCUGCCAUCGUUCACUGGAUUGUGCCCAGUUACCCCAUCGACAGCUACAGAGUCAGCUACGUUCCCAUUCAGGGUGGCAGCCAUAUGACAGUUACAGUGGAUGGAGGAGAGUCCAAGACUGUGCUGGUCAAUCUGACACCUGGCCUGAUGUACCAGGUGACUGUUAUAGCAGUGAAGGGAGCGGAGGAAAGUGAGCCGGUCUCUGAUAAAGUUACAACAGGCCUGGGCACACCAAAGGGCAUCCGCUUCUCUGAUGUUACUGAUACCUCAGCCACCGUACACUGGAUUGUACCCAGCUACCACAUCGACAGCUACAGAGUCGUCUACAUUCCAGUUCAUGGUGGCAGUCCUUUGACAGUCACAGUGGAUGGAGGAGAGUCCAAGACUGUGCUGGUCAAUCUGACACCUGGCCUGAUGUACCAGGUGACUGUUAUAGCAGUGAAGGGAGCGGAGGAAAGUGAGCCGGUCUCUGAUAAAUUUACAACAGGCCUGGGCACACCGAAGGGCAUCCGCUUCUCUGAUGUUACUGAUACCUCAGCCACCGUACACUGGAUUGUACCCAGCUACCACAUCGACAGCUACAGAGUCGUCUAUGUUCCAGUUCAUGGUGGCAGUCCUUUGACAGUCACAGUGGAUGGAGGAGAGUCCAAGACUGUGCUGGUCAAUCUGACACCUGGCCUGAUGUACCAGGUGACUGUUAUAGCAGUGAAGGGAGUGGAGGAAAGUGAGCCGGUCUCUGAUAAAGUUACAACAGGCCUGGGCACACCGAAGGGCAUCCGCUUCUCUGAUGUUACUGAUACCUCAGCCACCGUACACUGGAUUGUACCCAGCUACCACAUCGACAGCUACAGAGUCGUCUACGUUCCAGUUCAUGGUGGCAGUCCUUUGACAGUCACAGUGGAUGGAGGAGAGUCCAAGACUGUGCUGGUCAAUCUGACACCUGGCCUGAUGUACCAGGUGACUGUUAUAGCAGUGAAGGGAGCGGAGGAAAGUGAGCCGGUCUCUGAUAAAGUUACAACAGGCCUGGGCACACCGAAGGGCAUCCGCUUCUCUGAUGUUACUGAUACCUCAGCCACCGUACACUGGAUUGUACCCAGCUACCACAUCGACAGCUACAGAGUCGUCUACGUUCCAGUUCAUGGUGGCAGUCCUUUGACAGUCACAGUGGAUGGAGGAGAGUCCAAGACUGUGCUGGUCAAUCUGACACCUGGCCUGAUGUACCAGGUGACUGUUAUAGCAGUGAAGGGAGUGGAGGAAAGUGAGCCGGUCUCUGAUAAAUUUACAACAGGCCUGGGCACACCGAAAGGCAUCCGCUUCUCUGAUGUUACGGAUACCUCAGCCACCGUACACUGGACCGUACCACAUUACCACGUUGACAGCUACAGAAUCACCUGUGUUCCUAUCCAUGGUGGCAACCCUUUAACCGUCACCGCGGACGGAGGAGAGUCCAAGGCUCUGCUGGCCUACCUGACACCUGGUGUGACGUACGAGGUGACUGUUAUAGCAGUUAAGGGUGCGGAAGAAAGUGAGCCCUCCUCUGAUAAAGUUACAACAGCCCUGGACAAGCCUCAAGGUCUGACAGCAGUCAAUAUCACAGAUACAGAGGCGCUGUUACUCUGGCAGCCCACCAUUGCCACGGUAGACGGAUACGUCAUUACCUACAGUGCUGAGAGUGUUCCCCCAGUAAUGGAGCGCGUUUCUGGAAACAUUGUGGAGUUUGAGAUGAACUCGCUCAUCCCCGCCACUGAAUACAACGUUAAAGUUUAUGCUGUAAGAGAUUCAGCCAAGAGUGCCGCCACCAGCACACAGUUCACCACUGAUGUUGAUGCCCCUCAGGACUUGGCAGCCAGUAACAUCCAGACAGAAAGCGCCAUGCUGACAUGGAAGGCACCACGAGCGGAAAUCACCGGCUACAUCCUCACGUACGAGUCUGCUGAUGGUACCGUCCGGGAAGUCGUCCUCAGUCCCACAUCUACGUCCUACAGCAUGAGUCAGCUAAGCGCCUCUACUGAGUACACGGUACGACUGCAGGCCAUCUCCGGCCCCAAGAGGAGCCACCCCAUCUCCACUGUAUUCAGCACCAUUGGUGUGCUGUACAGACACCCAAAAGACUGUUCUCAGGCUCUGCUGAAUGGAGACACCACCUCAGGCUUGUACACCAUUUACCUGCGGGGUGAUGAAAGUCAGCCACUACAGGUGUACUGCGACAUGACCACUGAUGGAGGAGGCUGGCUGGUCUUUGUCAGGAGGCAGAGUGGCAAAGUGGAUUUCUUCCGUAACUGGAGAAACUACACUGCAGGUUUUGGUGACAUGAACGAUGAAUUCUGGCUCGGUCUAACAAACCUGCACAAGAUUACAUCUCUCGGCCAGUACGAGCUGCGAGUGGAUCUUAAAGACAAAGAAGAAUCCGCAUUCGCUCAGUACGACAAAUUCUCAGUGUCGGAGCCACGCAGCCGCUAUAAGGUGCACGUUGGAGGCUACAGCGGUACAGCAGGUGAUUCAAUGACAUACCACAAUGGCCGUCCAUUCUCAACCUACGACAAUGAUAAUGACAUAGCUGUCACCAACUGUGCUCUGUCAUACAAGGGAGCGUUCUGGUAUAAGAACUGCCACCGGGUCAACAUCAUGGGAAGAUACGGAGAUAACAGCCACAGCAAGGGUGUCAACUGGUUCCACUGGAAGGGUCAUGAGCACUCCAUUCAGUUUGCUGAGAUGAAGAUCAGACCGUCCAACUUCAGAAAUUUUGAGGGAAGAAGAAAACGAUCAUAAAUGUAAAAAAAAGCUCGCCCAUUCCUUCCCCCCAUUCUGCCCCUACUGCAUCAGUUCAACCUUUUAAGCUACCAAAGCAGAAGUCUAACCCUCUCAAGCCUUCUAUCCCUCUGUCUUUUACUCAUUUAAUUACCCCAUUUAAAUUACAGCUUGAAGUCAUUGAUUGACCAUGGCGCCAGAAGCAUCAGGGCCCUCCCCGAAUUUCACCCAGACACACUUACACUGAGCUGUACUUUCCACAGAAUCACACACACACACCAAAGACUGCCAUCUAAACUGCCAUCCUAAACUGCUGGGAGGGGUGGCUCUGAGGUGCAUUUGAAUUAUAAAAUAAAACCCGAUAUCUAUCGGCUUUGGCGGUUUCCGUUAGUGCUCGGUGCCUCUUCACUGUUUUCACUCCCUCACAUUUUAUCCAUCCAGCAGAGAGGCACAGAGCAUUAUUAUCAAUAAUAAUCUCAGUCUAAUGCAUAAUGAUUCUUCCCUAAUCAUUCCCAGUGAUUAGCCAAGAGAAACGCUGGCAUCUGUGGCACAUUUCAGAUCAUUAGUGUUUUUAUCCCAAUGGUUGAAUGAUAUCCUGCCAAAUUUGUAUUUGAUUAACAUUGAAGUUCAUGUGACACUGUUGAUUUUGCGAUAUACCACCCUGUCAUUAAGAGAAAAUGAGAAAAUCUUUUGUUUGACUGUUUUUACCAGCUGUUUCUGGACAAAAGUAAAAGCAGGACCUAUGUCAGUACAAAACUGAUGUAAGCAGGUUAAUGUCAACAGAUUACGAGCACAAAUAAUGAUCUACAGCCAUAUGUUAACAUUGUGCAGAGUUCUUUAAAAAGGCCAUUAUCAUUUUGUAAUCAACAUUGUACAUUUAUAUAAAAGGUAUUGUACACAAAAAUGAAUUAAUAUACAGAGUAGGUCUUCGUGUUUCCCCUGAUACCUUUCCUUCUAUAGACUUAACCACUGGCCCUUCGAAAAACCUGUGUAAUUUAAAGUCUUGUUUGGUAUUUGUUUGUCUUUUCAUCUGUUUUUUUUAAUUGGGUGAAUGACAGGUGUUUUUCUGUAACCCAUAUUACAAUAAAAUGGAUUUUGUUUACAGAAGUA